CUGUCUGGUAGCAUAUAGACCGCUUGAUCUAAUCAUUGUUCGGGAUUCCAAGUGAGAAGGGAAGGGAUACUGCUCGAUUAUGACUAUUCUUUCCUAAACUUUUAAUUUAUACAAUUUUGCUAAAUAUAUUUUUUAAUGCGAUCGAAAGAGUAGACCGACUAAGUGGAUUGUUACUUUUAUGGGAUGCAGGGCUGUUUAACUUUAUUGUGAUAUUUAUGCUCUCUUUCCCGAGUAGAUAACUGGCAAGUUCCGUUUUUUUUGGAGUUUUGGUCAAUGUCGAGUCGUUCAUUUGAAGACUUUAUAAAUGCAGCACCUACCGUAAAGGGGAUGUGUCCGUACGGCGGAUCCUGGGAUGAGUGGCGAACUAUGGCCAAGCAGAGCCGGACAAUGCAUGUGCGAUUUACGGACUGAUCUCGCACGCAGUUACUGCUCGAUUUACUUAAACCCUAUUGGAAUAAAUUAGACUUGGUCCUUUCAUUGUGCACAGAUCAGUCAGCUGGAGAUCGGUCCCGAGGCGCGGCGACAUGGACGGGAUCGGGAGCAGCAUACAGAAGAAGGUUACCGAACUGGAGCGCAUGGCUGAAGUUCUCAUUACUGGGGAACAAUUGAGGCUCCGCCUCCACGAAGGAAAGGUCAUCAAAGACCGGAGGCAUCACCUCAGGACCUAUCCCAACUGUUUCGUGGCCAAGGAGCUGAUCGAUUGGCUAAUAGAUCACAAGGAAGCCUCGGACCGUGAGACGGCCAUCAAGAUCAUGCAGAAGCUCCUGGACCAAAGCAUCGUCCAUCACGUUUGCGAUGAGCACAGAGAAUUCAAGGACACGAAGCUCUUCUACCGUUUCCGGAAAGACGACGGGACCUUCCCCCUGGAUAACGAUGCGAAGGUUUUCCUGCGGGGACAAAGGCUAUAUGAAAAGCUGAUGGGCAUGGAGCACAGCCCGCUGCAGAGCCGCGACGAGGACGGGGCCACCUUCGAACGCUCGCUGGCAGGCUCCGACUUCGUAGACUGGCUGCUGCAGGAGGGCGAAGCGGCCACCAGGGUGGAGGCAGAGCAACUGGGCCACAGGCUGCUGGAGCACGGGAUCAUCCAGCAUGUGACCAGUAAGCAUCACUUCAUGGACGGGGGGCCUCUAUACCAGUUCAGGAUGAACUACCGCCGCAGACGCCGCCUGAUGGAGCUCCUGAACGAGCGGUGUCGCGCCAUCGCGGAGAGCCAGGACAGCCCCUUCUGCCUCCGCAAGCAGAACUCCGACGGGGGGAACACCAGCUUCCUCUCGGUCAGCCCCUCCAAGGAGAUCAGGGUGGUGUCGGCGGUGCGGAGGAGCAGCCUGAGCAGCAGCUGUGGGAGUAGCGGGUACUACAGCAGCAGCCCCACCCUCAGCAGCAGCCCCCCCGUGCUGUGCAAUCCCAAGUCAGUGCUGAAGAGGAGAGUCAGCCCCGAGGAGCUGCAGACCCCCGGGGGCCCCUACAUAAAGAAGACAUUCACGAUCGUUGGUGACGCCGUCGGCUGGGGCUUUGUGGUCCGGGGCAGCAAGCCCUGCCACAUUCAGGCGGUAGACCCCAGCGGCCCAGCGGCAGCGGCAGGAAUGAAGGUCUGUCAGUUUGUCGUGUCAGUCAACGGGCUGAAUGUUCUCUCCCUGGACUAUCGGACAGUCAGCAACCUGAUCCUGACCGGACCGCGCACCAUCGUCAUGGAGGUCAUGGAAGAUACGGAAUACUGAGCCGACCAUCCAGGCUCCACUGUCUCUGCCCCCCCCCCCCCCCCCGAGGGCAGGACUGAGGGACGCGUCCACAGACCCCUACGGUCAACAUCAGCUCACACCCCAUCUUAGGUUUCACCACUGGAGGCCCCAUCUCCCCCGAAUUCAGGGCGGUCAUCAGACCGGCGCCCCCCUGUGGGGGACGUAUGCAUAGCAGACAGAGCGUCGUUCUGCCGUGGCAUGUGUAUGCAGUGAUUGUGUAAAGUCAUGUGAUCUGCCUGUGAAACAGGGAACAUGGCGAAAAAAACUGUUGUUGCUAAGGAACUAACUGAAAACCCAGAACUAAUUAUAAGGUAUACAAUGUAUAGUGCUAUUUAACGUUUUAGGGACAUCUCUGUCAACACCUCUGCUGACACCUCUGUCAAAGUAGAGUAAGAAGAAGCCCAUAAUAUUAUUGGAUGUCAGAAGGGAAUAAUGCAAAGCCAAUAACGAUUGCACAGAAAUGUGUGUCGCAGAGAUUAAGAUUAAGAUUAACUUUAUUGAUCCCCUGGGGGAAAUUCUGGUUCAUGCAGCAGUAAAUCUAUUGCAAACAUGCAUAUAGUAUCAAACAGACAGGGUACAGAGAUGGUGCACAUAGUGCAAACAAUGUAAAGAGAGAUGUUUCCGGAAAGGUGUGGUGGUCGUCACUGUGCCGUUUCCGUCCGGUCUGUUCUGAAACAGGCACGCCGGUAUGAUGGAGUCCGACACGCCGCAGACAGGCCUUUCAGAUGCAGCCUGAAACGAGGCCCAGCGAGGCCCCAUGCUGAAGAUCCUAUCUCAGCAUGGAAUUAUAACCAUGUGAUAGGACCAGUUCGGAAGCAAGGCUGUGAAAAGCCCAUUGUCUUUUCUGAGGGACCGAAGAGGGUGCAGUGAGACGUAGGGGGGCAGUCUGAUGUGAAGGUGCCACUGUCAAUUGUCAUGGACCCCCCCAGGCCUCGUGUAAUGUUAGCUGUCAAGGCAGGAAGAUGACUGGCAGUGUGGCAAUUCCUGCAGCCUGCGAUGCGAAUCUGCAAACGCGGCGAGGCUAAAUGCGACUGGCUAACUCGGAGAGGGAUUUUAACCUUUGCAAGUAACACAACGAAAUUCGCUAGAUGGUUAUAGCGCCCCCUCCUGUUCACACCAGAACCAUCUUCUCGCUUACAUUUUAGAGCGCAGCUUUUUGCUGAAAUUUGGUAGAGCAGGUAGUGCGUUAAUACGUUCUUAUGUUUCACGUUGGCAAUAGUUAUGGAAAUUUACAGGGCGAAAUGUUAAAGGCGAAUCAGUCAUGCAGCGUGAUUAAUGUUGAUUGUAUGUAUUUUGUUGGAAAAAAAGCUAGAAAUGUACUUAGUUCGAGCAUGGAUGCAUAUUAUACAUUCAAAUAUUACUAAAUAUGAAGCGUAAGAGUGAUAUUUGUAUAUAUUAAUGCUUAUGUGGAUGUACUGUGUAAACCUUGCUGACACUAAGCACUUAUAAAUUUAUCAAUCAGCGAUGAUUUUCAAAAUCACUCCUGAGUUUUUUUCCUCCGCGCACAAUACUGUACUGUAACUGUACUGUAACUAAUGAUGCACCGACUUCUUAGUCUGGCCUUGACCAAAAAAUAGGGAAGGUCUUUACACUAUGAUUAAAGUUGCAAAUGUUCGUUUUAGGUAUGCACGCCUCAUUUAAGCAGUCAUUUAAUAAAUAUUUACUUUGCCAAAAAAAGACUAAAGCUUUGCUACACUGAUAGUUAUCGUAGCAGUAGCAGUAGUAAAGAUGAGAGCUAAUGCUUUUAACCCUGAGUUUCAUGUCCAACAUCACUGCAGAACAUCAUAGUAGUAAUUAGUAAUAUCAUUAGUAAUACCAUCGUUAACUGUAGUAAUACCAUCAGUAGUAGUUGGUAGUACUGGAGGUACUGAAGAUGUAUUCAAAUAGUCUUUUUUUUUAGAUUUACGUAACAAUUCAAAAUGGGUUAGGGUGACGUUUUGCUUGACAUAUCAGUUUUUAUACCUGGUCUCUGUCUUUUUUUACACGGCUGCUGAAUACAAAAUAAUGAAAAUGUCUGGUUGGAUAGAAGGUGGCACGCAGGUCCAUCCUUUCACAAUAAACUGCUCUAAAUGUGGUGUAAGAGUACUGCCCGUCUUGGCAUUGUUCUGGGUACCUUACUGGUUCCAGUAAUAAUUAAAAGGGAAUUGCAGGUGUCCCAUUAAUGCCUACUAUCCAUCAUAUCGUGAUCAUAUCAAAUAUUCACAGUUUAGGUGAAACAAGUGACAAAGCAGCACGGAUGACAAUCUGACGCCCUUUAGUCUUCAGUAAUAUUUGUACACGGGUUAAAAUCCUUUGAAUGAUCGCAACAGGUUUCCUUCACGUGAGUAUCAAUGCAUACAUUUGUAUAACUAAACAAUAUAAAUGUUUUUCCUGAUAUGUCUACAUUUAAUCUGAUAUUGUACUUUACUGAUCUUUCUGGGGUGCAGUAUAUUACAAUGUUUGGAUCUCACUGAUUUGUGAUAAUGAAAGAAAUAUAUUCCACGUCUUGAAUUUCAUGUUACAUGUGUUUUUUGAUUUCCAUUCAAAAUCCCAUUUUAAAUCGCAAAUUUCAACCCCUUUUUCUCGUCUCUGGUAGCGGUCUGGUUGUUGUGUGUAACAUUUUGUUAGCUGACGAAAUGUUUCUUUUUAAUGUUUUGUCACUGGAUUUGGAUUUUGUACUUUUUAAAAAUCUUGAGUGAAUUUCAGUGAGGCAUUUGUUAAAAACAACGGCCUUGAGGAAAAUUUCAAAAUUUCAAAUCAUCCUCUUUACAACGAGUCAGACUUUGCAUACAAUUUAAAGCUCCUGUUAGACAAUCAGUAUUUAGAGGUAUCACAGUUCGGUAUUCUGACGACAAGAUGACUACUAGAUAUCUGUCGUGAAUCUUUCAUGAGCCCACGGAAGGCAUGUAGCACUUACCUUGUUAAAACACUUGUGUACAGGAAUACAAUUUGUAUUAUUGAAGGACAAAUGUGUAAGGCUUCUUUAAGUUUCUUACAACGUGUUGACAAUGCAGACAUGUUAAGGUGCAGCUGUACUGUAUUCAGCUAUGAAGUCAUUCAUGCUUAGAGUUCAUUGUUAGGUGUUAGAUGUGGUUAUGAUUCAUAACUGCUCAUUAUUACUCUUGCAAAUAAACUCAGCAUUUAAAUUUC